AUGCAAGUCAGCAAAAGUCCCGAAAUAACGCCAUGUUUUCCAAGAAAGGUUAAACCAAAACUGCUUGUGAGGUUUUAUUCCUCAGCAAAGGCGGCACAGGAAUCAACCUUCAGGGCAUCUAAAGGCGGGAAAUCACAGUGCGCUACAGAAGAUGUCACUCAAAAUACAGCGUCAUCUGAUGUUUUUGGAUUACCACCAAGAGACACUGAAGUAACAGAAAUGUCCCAAACAGCACAGGAUGUAUUGAGGACAAUCAAGAGAAUGGUGGAAGAGAACAAGGCCAUCAGAGAGAGGUUGAGUCAGCUUAAUCAAAGCAAAUGA